UGUGAGUACCUAGCAGCCCUGGAGGUAUUUACGUUUUAUAAUAGUGUUCGAACUGAACUCAUCAUCAACAAGAUAUUCCCUACGUAAAGUGCUUAAUUAUAUGGGCUAUCAAGUCGAUUAUUUAUUUAGCAUAUUCGUAAUGUCGAAUCACUCUUAUCUAACGAGCUAAAAUUUUCAUUUUUUUGAUCUCAACUUAUAAGUUGUACAUAUAUCCGCAUCCUACAAUAUGGCUACAAUCCAACGCCGUCUUUUCCACCAGACCCUCCGUGCGCUCAGCCAUGAGAACCCUCUCGGUCUGCCAAAAUCGGGCUCCAUCCCGCGAAUGCAGCGGGGCCUCCCGGAGCGACGGAAGAUCACAGGCGUCGAGAAGAUAAUCGCCGUGUCAUCGGCUAAAGGCGGCGUGGGAAAGAGCACUGUAGCAGCCAACCUCUCCCUAGCCUUUGCCCGGAUGGGCUACCGCUCCGGCAUCCUCGACACGGAUAUCUUCGGGCCCUCCAUACCAACCCUGUUUGACCUGGACGGAGAGCCUCGCUUAUCAUCACAAAACCAGCUGCUGCCCAUGUCGAAUUACGGCGUCAAGACGAUGUCUAUGGGAUACCUAGUCGGCGCAGAUGCGCCUGUUGUGUGGCGCGGCCUCAUGGUUAUGAAAGCGCUGCAGCAACUUCUCCAUGAGGUCGACUGGGGUGGUCUAGACGUUCUUGUGCUUGACUUGCCACCGGGCACCGGCGACACGCAGCUCAGUAUUACGCAGCAAAUCAUACUCGAUGGCUCUAUCAUUGUGACUACGCCGCAUACACUUGCAGUGAAAGAUGCCGUAAAGGGGAUCAACAUGUUCAAGAUGGUCAAUGUGCCGUUACUCGGCCUCGUCCAGAAUAUGUCACUCUUCAAUUGCCCGCACUGCCAUCAUGAUACAGCAGUAUUCGGGUCAAACGACCUCGUCAAAGAAAUUUGUAGGCAGCACUCUAUCGAAUUACUGGGUGAUAUCCCUUUACAUCAGAAUGUCGGGGGCGAUGGCCAGAAAGGGAAGCCAACUGUGGUUUCAGAGCCCGAUAGCGACAGGGCACAGGCUUUCAUGGAUAUUGCUCGCUUAGUGGAGUCGAAGGUAGGGCUUAAGAGAUAAUAUCACAGCUGUAGAUUUGUACCUACUACUUAGCAAAUUUGUAGAAAAUACUAUGAAUUGCUGAAUUGUCAAGGAGUGAUCAAUGUGAUAUAUAUAUCAUCUCGUGCUUCUCGCCUUCUGACCACUUGCAAUACAGCCUAGCUAUCCAAGUAUGUAGAUAAGGCUAAUUUCGUAGUUACGGUCACAGACGUCAGAGGACGUAGUGUUCCGUUUCCGGUUCCUGUACAUGAUGACUUUAGCAAUCUAAUCCUUGAUU